AUGGCGCGAUCGGUGAGACUGUUUCUUAUCCGGCAUGGAGAAACAGUCGACAAUGUCGCCCAGCUCUAUGCCGGUAGCAGAGAUUCAGCGCUCACCAACCACGGCUACCAACAGGCCACCCGCCUGGGUCUGCACUUCAAGUCCCUUGGCUUGACAUUCACCCACCUGUUCUCAUCGCAUCUACAGCGGGCUGUGAAAACGGCCGGCAAGAUCCGAGAGGCUCAGUUGAUACCGACAAGCGAUGACAAUACUGUGAAGCCGGUACCCGAUGUCAUGCAGCUACCGGUACUGAUGGAACAAGACUUUGGGUCCAUGGAAGGGAAGAAAUUCUUUGAUCGGCCAAAGAACAAGGAUACAACGGACUUUGUGCAUGUGGAGUCGAAAGACACUAUGGCACGUCGAGCUGAUUCAUUUCUUGAUGAGCAUCUCGUGCCGCUCCUCGUUGACGCGUCGAAAGAUGCGGAUCCCGUGGUUGCGAUAGUCUCGCACGGCAUCUUUCUCUCCACCCUUUGGAAGCGCCUGCUUUUGCGCCUUCCGCACAACAGCGUUGCGUUCUGUCCGGAGCUUCAGGCUACGGCGCGACCAUCGGUCGAGCAUCUGGGUGGUUGGUCCAACACUGGCUACCUUGAGUUGCACAUGACGAGAGUAGGACAUGGUGAUCCAAGUAUCACUGCGGACAUACCUGUGGUUUCUACUUCAGAACCUUCUUCGUCGCCUGUAGAGAUGCCGGCUACCGACGAAGGUCUGGACGAGGUCAAGGUACCACAAGCCGCAACUGAAUAUGGUCCUGCACGCCAGCAGGUUUCAGAAGUGCCUAUCCGGGCAGCUGUUGUAGCCUCGCCGGCCAUUACACCGCGCAUCGCUAUAGGAUGGUCAUGUACCAUCCUUGCGAUCAAUGGUAAGGACCAUCUCCGCAGCCUCAAACGCACCCGCGGUGGUGUCGGAAGCUCCCGCCACGAUCCAUCGCAAACAAGCAUCAAGGUUUUCUUCAAACGUUGCAAAACUGUAUGA